AUGUCGCAACCGGCAGGGGUGGCCGUGGAGGGGAAGUCCAAGGAGGCGAUUGCGACCACGUCCGAAGCCUCACGUUCUCCUAGGCACGCCCAACCCGGCGCAGACGAACUCAUUAUUCAGAAGGCAAAUGAGAACAAGACCGCGUCGCCAGAGGAGCAGGAGGAUCUUCUUUUUUCACAUCUGCCCGAACACGAACAGGCCAUUUUGCAACAACAGGUCAAGUCGCCGCGAGUCAACAUCAGUUUUUUCAGUCUGUACCGUUAUGCCUCAAAACUCGAAUUGGCGAUUCUUACCAUUAGCACUCUUUGUGCAAUCGCCGCAGGUGCGGCAAUGCCAUUAUUUACGAUCCUCUUCGGCUCCCUAACGACGGCGUUCCAGAAAAUCGAACUGAGAACCAUUACCUACGACCAUUUUAUGAAGGAAUUGGACAAGAAUGUGCUAUACUUUGUAUGGCUGGGCAUCGGCGAGUUUAUCACCGUCUAUAUCAGCACCGUUGGGUUCACCUACACCGGAGGGCGGGUUACGCAGAAGAUUCGCGAGCACUACCUCCAAGCUAUCCUGCGGCAAAAUAUCGGAUACUUUGACAAACUAGGUGCCGGUGAGGUGACCACUCGUAUCACCGCUGACACAAACCUGAUCCAGGAUGGCGUGUCUCAGAAGGUAGGCCUGACUUUGACUGCUGUGGCCACCUUUGUGACAGCUUUCAUUGUAGCUUAUUCCAAGUACGCUCGUCUCGCUGGUAUCUGCACCUCAACCAUCGUCGCUUUGGUUUUGCUUAUGGGCAUUGGUUCUACCUUCAUUGUGAAAUACAGCCAGCAAUCCUUGGAAAGCUAUGCUGCUGGUGAUACUGUCGCAGAGGAAGUGCUCAGUUCGAUUCGGGUGGCUACAGCGUUUGGCACACAAGAGCGACUAGCCAGCCAAUAUGAUGAGCAUCUACACAUCGCUGAAAAAGCAGGAUUUCGGCUUCAGCUUUGUAUGGCUAUCAUCAUGGGGCCCAUGUUCGGUAUCAUGUUUUGGAACUAUGGGUUUGGGUUCUGGAUGGGCUCGCGAUAUUUGGUGCAAGGAGAAGUCAACGUUGGCCAAGUAUUGACUGUCCUGAUGUCUAUACUGAUUGGUUCUUUUGCUAUCGGCAACGUCAGUCCAAAUGGACAAGCCUUUGUUCAAGCUGUGGCCGCCGCGACAAAGAUUUUCAGUACCAUCGAUCGUAUUCCUCCGGUCGACGCGACAUUACGAACGGAGGGAAUCAUCCCGGAAUUUAUCGAAGGCAAUAUCGAACUUCGCAACAUCAAGCAUAUUUACCCUUCUCGGCCUGACGUGACGGUUAUGAAGGAUCUCUCGCUUUUCAUUCCCGCAGGGAAGACCACCGCUCUUGUCGGCCCGUCAGGUUCGAGCAAGAGCACAAUCAUGGAUCUGAUUGAAAGAUUCUAUCUUCCGGUCGGAGGCUCCAUUUAUUUAGAUGGCGUCGAUAUGUCCACCAUUAAUCUGCGAUGGCUCCGUCAGCAGAUUUCUCUUGUUAGUCAGGAGCCAGUCCUUUUCGGAACCACCAUUUUCAACAAUAUUCGACACGGGCUUACUGGAACCAAAUACGAGCACGAAUCUGAAGAUACCGUGAGGCAGCUCGUGGAGUCUGCAGCGAAGACUGCGAAUGCACACGUUUUCAUCAAUGCUCUGCCAGAGGGGUAUGACACUAACGUCGGACAGCGUGGUUUCUUGCUCUCUGGCGGCCAGAAGCAGCGUAUUGCCAUUGCCCGCGCCAUCGUAUCUGACCCUAAGAUCUUACUUCUCGACGAAGCGACAUCGGCUCUCGAUACAAAAUCUGAAGGUCUGGUGCAGGCUGCACUCGACAACGCCAGUGCAGGACGGACCACGAUCACCAUUGCGCACCGUCUCUCAACGAUCAAAACCGCACAGAACAUCGUGGUUUUAGUGAGCGGCUCAAUCGUGGAGCAGGGUACACAUGAUGAACUCAUUCGGAACGAUGGCCCCUAUUCCAAGCUCGUCGAGGCGCAACGUUUCAAAGAGGACAUUGUCACCGACGUCCUUGAUCACGACGGGGACGAGCUCUCCAUUACCUUUUCCGAUAUCUCCGACGAGGAUGGCAAAGAGCUUGGCCGUGGCAACUCUAUCGACUCUCCUUCACUGGCAGAAGACGCCAUUCCCUUGAAAGAGAUGAACCGUAUCCAGAGUGUUCGUCAUAGUAUCCGCAAGAUGGAUACUCGAAAAUCAGUGCACAGCAUGUUCCUCGCUCCCGCGCCAAAGGACGUUGAGCAAAAAUACUCGCUCUGGUCACUGAUCACGUUCAUAGCCUCUUUCAACAAAGAGGAAUGGAUUUGGAUGGUUGUUGGGCUUGUCUUCUCCUGCCUUGCUGGUGGUGGACAACCUACCCAGGCCUACCUCUACUCCAAAGCAUUGAGUGUUCUGUCCCUGCCAAAGCCCCUCUAUCAUAAGCUCCGCACGGAGGCAAACUACUGGUCUCUCGUCUUCUUCGCCAUCGGAAUCGCGCAAUUUAUCACCUUUAUCGUCCACGGAGCUUGCUUCGGUGUGUGCUCCGAACGGCUGGUCCGAAAGGCCCGCAGUAUGGCGUUCCGAAGAAUCUUACGACAAGAUAUUAGCUAUUUCGACAAGGAAGAGAAUUCGACUGGCGCAUUGACAUCUUUCCUUUCUACGGAGACCAAGAGUCUGGCCGGCAUUAGUGGACAGAACCUGGGCAUGAUUCUCAUGACUCUCACGACCCUGAUCGGAUCCAUGUGCAUUGCUUUGGCCUUUGGCUGGAAACUGGCUCUAGUCUGCAUUUCUCUGCUUCCCGUUCUUCUAGGUUGUGGAUUCUUCCAAUUCUACAUGCUCGCCAAAUUCGAGUCCGACUCCAAAGAGGGGCAUAAGGACUCAGCUUCAUUUGCCUGCGAAGCUGCCUCCUCAAUUCGCAUCGUGGCUUCUUUGACCCGCGAAGAGGAGGUCUGGAACAGUUACCAUGAGAUCUUGGAAUCGCAGAAUCACGCACAUUUAAUUUCAAACCUUCGCGCCUCAUUAUUAUUCGCUGCAUCUCAAGCCCUGGUUUUCUUUUGUGUGGCUUUGGGUUUUUGGUACGGCGGUGGUCUUCUUGGCCGUCAUGAGUAUGACAUGCUCUCGUUUUUUGUUGCUUUCUCCGAGAUUUUGUUCGGAGCACAGUCUGCAGGUGCAGUCUUUUCAUUUGCUCCCGAUAUGGGCAAGGCUAAGAAUGCUGCGUUCGAGCUCCGCAGGCUCUUCGACAGCCGCCCGAAGAUUGAUCCUUGGUCCAGCCAGGACCAACCCGUUUUGCGGGGCAUCGACCUUACGAUCCACCCGGGACAAUAUAUUGCUCUUGUCGGGCCAAGUGGAUGUGGCAAGAGUACGACCAUCGCUCUUCUUGAGCGCUUCUACGAUGCCACGCGCGGAGGAAUCUACAUCGAUGGAAAGAAUAUCACUGACCUCAAUGUUAAUUCGUACCGCAGUCUCUUAGCUCUGGUCAGCCAAGAGCCCACCCUUUACCAGGGCACAAUCAAAGAGAACAUUCUCAUGGGUGUGCACGGCGGUGAGGCUUCAGACGAAGAGAUCAAGAAAGUCUGCUACGAUGCGAACAUUCAUGACUUCAUCAUGUCUCUUCCCGACGGGUUCGAAACCAAGAUCGGAAACAAGGGACUUAUGUUAUCUGGAGGGCAGAAACAACGCGUUGCAAUCGCACGAGCGCUUUUGCGUAACCCCAGGAUCUUGCUUCUUGACGAAGCCACCUCAGCCCUCGACUCACAGUCUGAAAAGGUCGUCCAAGCUGCAUUGGAUGCUGCGGCACGCGGUCGUACCACCAUUGCUAUCGCUCAUCGACUGAGCACGAUUCAAAAAGCAGACGUGAUCUACGUCUUUGAUCAAGGCAAAAUCGUUGAAAGUGGCACACAUCAAGAGCUGCUACGUCUUAAAGGCCACUACUACGAGUUGGUCAACUUACAGAGCCUCGGGAAAGGCCAAUGA